AUGUUGAACCCUAAGAGAAAUUACUCUUCCUACUUUCAAAUGGAGGUGAAUUCACGACCUAGGGCUCCCUCACUCCUUCCAUCUGCUAGCGAUUCCUUCGCUUCAGUGAAGCAACCUGGCUUUGUCAGUCCGAGUAUUGGCAAUAACUUCACUACUCGAGGCUUCUUUGAAUUGAAUCGAAGUGUUAUUAAGUUCGACGAGACUCCGAAACAUUUUCAAAAUGUUGGGUCAAGUGAUAAUCCCAUCUCUGGAAUUAAAGUGCCUUCAAUCCCAAUUUCUUCUACCACCAUAGCUGGACAACAAAAUGUUGUGCGGCGCAGGCAGAGGCGCACCAAUGCCCUAGAAGUUCUCGCCAACAGAAUGUCUGCUCAAAGAUCCCGACUUCGGAAGCUGGCGUACUUAGAAAAACUCAAGAUGAAUGUCAAGCUGGGAGAGGCUAGGGUAUCUUGGUUAAUUCCCCUAGUAUCUCUCUACCGGCAACACCGCUUGGCUCUCAAAGAUGCAAAUUUCCGAAUCAAGGAGACGAUUAAAGUACUCGAGAAAAUAAAGGAGGACAAAAGAGCGGAGUUUCAGUAUCUCAGAGAAGAAAUACGGGCAAUGAGGCGUGGUUCUCUGAGGAUUGCUUGGUAA